AUGGCUAAAACACAAGACCCUGAAAGAUGUGGAACUAAACCCAAAAGACAGCGUAAAGCAUUCACCUGUACUUUUUGUAAGGCAAGAAAGAUCAAAUGUAAUAAAGCAAGACCAAGAUGUUCAAAUUGUGAAAGAUUAGGAAGAACGUGUAACUAUGAGGUCCCAUAUUGGGUUAAUACUUAUGUUCAAAGUUUUAGUGCUGAUGAUCCAAAUGGAACCAAUUCAAAUGGUCAACAAAGUAAUGGGGUUACUCCUCCAAGUUAUAAUGGGUCAACUGAUCCUAAUGCUACUGGUGUUUUCAGCGUUAAUACUCCAUCUGGGCAUACUCAAAAUAUCAUUUUAAAUUCAACCGGCCAACCUAUAACUGAUGCACAAUUGCAAAAUCAACCACCAUCUAAAAAAUCCUCCCAAGAAUCAACACCUCAAGCCCAAAUACCAACAGAAGGUGAAUCUCAAUCCCAUUCACUUCCACCACCAGAGAAACUUUCUCAACUACCACCAACUUCAGAAUUACCACAGAAGCCAAUAACGGAUAUAUUACAAGAACUUGAAUUUUGGAAAGCUAAAGCAUUAUCAUCUAAUCCAAGAACACCGCGUCAACCAUCACUUAAAGGUUCAGUUGCAUCAACACCAAGAUUUGAUCCAAGUGAAUUUGGUAGUCAUGGUGAAGAUUUGAUUGAUUUCCAUGAACAAUAUGCACAAUUUAAAAAUUAUUUUGGAGGCCAUAAACCACUAAGUCCAAUGUUUGUCUAUAAGGCUGAUAACUACAUGUCAUUGCUAUAUUGUACAAGAUAUUUAUUGAAUUUUGUAUCUGAAGAGACAUUAUCAAAACAAGACCAAACAUCAUUUGAAGAUCAAGCUAUAGAUCCAAUGACUGAUUGGGUUUCAAUGUUGGGUUCAAGAACUAAAAGUAAUAAGUUGAAAGAUGAAAUUAAACACCUUUUUACUGAUCGUGCUGAAUUAUUUACAUCAGACUCAUCAGUAUCUACAAACUUUAGAGAUAUUGAGUUUUUGAAAACUAAUAUUGAAUUCAUUUUACCAAGAAAGGAAAUUUUUGACAUGUUAUUAAAUUUUUAUUUCCAAUCAAUGUGGUAUUUAAGACCAAUUGUGGAUUAUGAUGAAUUUAUGAAUGAAAUUUCAAGAAUUGUAAUUUUCCAAAAUAAUUUACCAGAAAUUAAUAUAACAGAAAAAACUGAUUUCUUAAUAUUAGCUCAAAUGUUAAUUAUAAUAAGGUAUGCCUCAGUUGCUAUUUCUAUUAUAAAUCCGAAAUAUACUUUAUCUGAGCAAAUAUCUCCUUUAAAAGAAGAAAUCAUUUCAGUUAAGGCCAUUACUAUUGCACAAAAAUGUUUAUCAAUUUGUGAUGUCAUUAGAAACACCACAUUUCAAUCUUUCCAAGCUUUAUUGUUAUUAAGAUUUUAUUGUAAAGAUUGUCCAGAAGAUGGGGAUGAUUUAAACUUGCAGAAAUCACAAGCAUUCUUCGGUUUUCUGGUUCAACAUGCUUUGAAUUUAGGGUUACACAGAGAUCCAGCAAUUUAUGGACAAUCUUCAGACAUAAAGAAUGAUAAUCUAAGAAGAAAUAUCUGGCUACUCAUUGUUGAUUUAGAUAUGGAAUCUUGUAUUUUGUCUGGUUCAUUAAGUACUAUUCCAGCAAUAUAUUUCACAAAUGUUAAAAAGCAAACUCUUAAUAACCCAGAUAAUCAAUCAUCACAAUCACAACCACCAUCUCCAGAACAAGGUGAUCCUCUUUUUCAAGCCGGUCUUGAUGAAACUUCAAAAAACUCAACAUUACAUCAAAUUUAUCACGGAAUCUGUGAUUCUAUUAAUGAUCUGACUGAAAAACCAACAUUAUCCUCUUUGGUUUAUAAAAUCAGAGAAGCAAGAGUAUAUGUUGAAAAUUAUUACAACAUAAGCAGUUUCAUUUCAACUGAAGGUAUUAAUGAUCCAACUAUGAAGAAAUCAAUUUUCUUCAAGAAUCAUAAGAUUUUAGAAAAAAAUAUAAAUUUAUUAAAUCUUGAAUUGGCCAUUUAUCAACUUUUAUAUAUUCAAUAUGAGAAUUCCAAGAAUGUCAGUAAAGUUGCAUUCAAAGCACUUUACAAAUCAUGUUUGACUUCAGUUUCUCUUGCUACAGAUUUGAUGAGUGCUUAUUUAUCAGGUCAAUUUGAUCAAUUUAUAGAUCAUUCAUUUUCAGAUUUUGCAUUGAAUCCACUGAUCACGGCGUUAACUAAUAGAACUUUCAAUAGUGUAUUCAGUUCCAUGUUAAGAUCAUUACAUGGUCGUGAAUUAUUAAUGUGUCAUCUAUAUACACCAGGUUCAAAUAUUGAUACAGAUAAUUAUUUGAGUUUUGUUCAGCCAAUUUGUAAUAUCUGGGAAGCAUAUUUGAAGAUUUAUGAAAAUACUGUUGGUUCAAAGUAUUUGAGUGGGCUUAAAUUGAUUUGUUCCAGAAGAUUUACAUUCAUGUAUCUAAAAGCUGAUAGAUUUUCAUGGAUGGAUUUGAUUAUUGAUUUUUGUGAAGCUGAUAUUGAAUAUGAACGUGAUUUAAGCAUUUAUGAAAGAAAACAAGAAGUUCGUAACAUUCUACAGCAAACAACAAGUAUGUUUUCAAUUUAUUCACAAUGGUUGCAAUUAAGUAAGUCUUAUGAAGCAGCAAUGAAAUUGUUGAAACCAGAUGUUAAAAGACGUCAUAAGUAUUGUUAUGCUAUUUGCAAUUUGAGUCAUACAAAUCAAACUGCUGAAUUUUUUGAAAAUGAUAUCGCUGAUAUGAUUAAUGCUGUCAGAACAAAUAUAAAGUAUGUUCCUGAUUUACUGAAGUUUGAUACAUAUGUUGGUGAUGAUCAUCCUGAUAAAAAGGGUAUUCCACCUUCAGAAACUACAGAUACUGUAUUUGGUACAUUAACUCAAGAUUCUUCAUUCCAUGCUCAAAUGGCAUUUUUAAUGAAAGGUACUAUUGGUGUUCCUUCAGAGACUGAUAACAAUAAUAUAAUUGAUAUUUUUGGACCUACUGUUGAGGUGAAGAAAGAAAUGGAAAGACUUUUGACAUACUUGUGA